AAAAUGUGAAUCGUCACUUCCUGGUAAACAAUGGCACCAAUUCUUUCAUCGGUAAAGCAAUUAGUAAAUGAAAACACUGCUAAGGACUUUAUGACAGCGUCCGAUAUACUGAUAAAGUUUGCAAAUAAUGUUUUACAGCACCCAUCUGAACAAAAAUAUCGUCGAAUCAGAUUAGGCAACCCUACAGUGGAAACUAAACUUCUUCCAGUAUGUGGUGCCAUGGAAUGUUUGUUUGAAAUGGGAUUUACAGAGGAUGGGGAGUUUCUAACUUUACCAAUGUCAGCUCCUUUAAGUCUAUUAUCUCAGUUAAAGACACAGUUGGAGAAUGAACGAGGAAUUGUUCAGAAAUCAUCAACCCCAGUGGCUCCAAGUAGUUCAGCACCAGAAACCACUAAUCCUUCAAGUGCAGGACAGGCAUCUGGUGGACAGAGUAGACAACAAGUUGCUUCACUUGCUAACAGUCAAAUGAAUUUAUCUGAAAUUGUUAGAAAAGAACAGGAUUUCCAUAGAAGACUUGAAUCACAGGUUCAACAUGUGCUUGUUUAUGAAGAUCGAAGAAAGCAACAAAAAGCAAGGGAGGUCAUUCCAAUAGCUCAACUCCAGAAAGAGGCUGAGGCAAAGUUGGAACAGCUCAAUAAAUACGCAAGUACAGGUGAUGGUCAAACAGAUUCUUCUCCUAAGUUAGAUUUACAGGACUGCUUGGUGUUAGCUUUACUUAAUUGGUUUAAAAAUUCCUUUUUCAAAUGGGUUGAUGCUCCUGCCUGUGGGGGUUGUGGAGGGAAACCAAAUGCUGUUGGAAGCAUACAGCCUACUGCAGAAGAGUUACGCUUUGGCGGUAAUAGAGUUGAAAAUUACAAAUGCCCUACUUGUCAGACAUUUACAAAAUUUGUACGCUACAACGAUCCAGAGAAGUUAUUAGAAACAAGGGAGGGAAGAUGUGGAGAGUGGGCAAAUUGUUUCACUCUUUGUUGUCGAGCAAUGAAUUUUGAGGCACGCUAUGUCUUAGACUGGACCGAUCACGUAUGGACCGAGGUAUAUUCAAACUCACAGCAGCGUUGGGUUCACUGUGAUCCUUGUGAAAACACCUGUGAUAAACCAUUGUUAUAUGAAGUUGGCUGGGGGAAAAAGUUGACUUACAUUAUUGCAUUUUCUGUGGACGAUGUUGAGGAUGUUACUUGGAGAUAUACGUCAAAUUUCGAGGAAAUUCUGAAAAGGAGGAAUGAAUGUCGUGAAAAUUGGUUAGUCAGAACUUUGUACAAUAUGGAUAAACAAAAGUGGUCAUCGAUGCCUGAAGCAAAGCGUAAUGUAAGGUUAAAAAGAAAAAUUGUGGAGCUGGUUGAAUUCAUGACGCCAAAAAAAGCUGAUGGGAAAAAUUUGUCAGGUCGUACUACUGGAUCGUUGGCAUGGAGAUUAGCACGAGGAGAGUUAGGUGACCAACCAGUAAACAAAGCUGAACCAUAUGUAUUUAAGUUGACAGAGAAGGAGAAACCCUGGUUGAUGAUGAUUUUCACUGUUGUUAUUGUUGUUGUAGAGAGUACUUUGAAGAUUGACAGUAUAGAUAUAAAGGUGGACUGUUCUACAUAUGAGAAUGGUAGAAUAAACUGGAUGAUUUGCUCAGAUGAGACAUGUGCAAUGCUGAAAGGUGGACCUUCGUUACAGACUGUGACAGACCUUAGUGGUCAGACUGGUUUUACUUUAACUGCCAGUCUGUCAGGGGGAACGGGUGAUGCUGCCUGGCAACACACUCAACUGUUUAGACAAUCUAGUGAGGACACUGUGAUAUGUCCUUUUGAAAUUCUGAUCAGAUUUCAGUAAUCAGCAUUAUUUAAUAAACAAAGUGUUUGUUGUGUGUAGGAUUAUAAAAAUAUAUUUAGAUUAUACAUAUGUGUUCUAAGAGCAUGAAGGUUGAUUAUUCACUUUAUUUAAUGAUUAUUCACUUUAUUUAAUGAUUAUUCACUUUAUUUAAUGAUUAUUCUCUUUAUUUAAUUCUUUUUUCUUCGUAUAUUUAUUUUCUUAUUCUUGGUAAAUUUUUGUUUUACAAAUUUGAAUGGUUGUACUAAAUACAAAAUUAUUUCCUACACUUUAUCUACAUAUUGUUGCAACUUAUUUUUUUAUGUUUUUUUUACUGUGUGGUUUAAAAAUAUGGCAUUUAAGUUUAAGAUGUUUGUUAUUGAGCCUGUGAAGUGAAUCUCUGAACAAUCAAAUAUAUGUAUAGAAGUAUAGUAGGUGAACCAAUCAUACAUUUGUGUAAUUCUCUCAUCCCUGCUGAUUUUCAUUUAAACCCUUAAACUUCUGGAACAUAAAAUGAUUAACCCCUGCCACCAGGGCAGAGUAGCCUGGUCUCCCUGCACAUAUGCACAGUCUAUCUACUGAAUCCAAAAAUAGGCUUAACCUGGACAAAAUUUGCACAGAAUUGAAACUUAUAUUUUAUGAAAGAUUGUACCCUGUAGAUUCUAAAAAUACAAAGUUCAGUCCCGGGAAACUGCAAAAUCCAAAAUAUGAUUUUUUAACAAAAACUAGGCUUUCAUUUCUUUUCAUUGGAAUCAAAUAUUGAUUAAAAGUUGUUGUAAUGGUUCAAUUGUGAGCCCAAACUUAAAAUUGGAAAUACAUGUGCUAUACACACUUCUGUUAUUACUAUUUGUAUUUUUUUAUCAUUUCACUCCAAAAAGUGACUUUUUGUUGGGUUUAGCGUAAGCUUUAUUGACUAAAUGUUUCUAUUCAAUUUUUAGCUCACCUGUCACAAAGUGACAGGGUGAGCUUUUGU